GUAGGGCUGACGUACUAUCGAGGUACCGGUAUAAUCUUUAAGUUAAACUUCCCAACAACAUUUUAUCCUUCGACUUCUUGAGUCUUAUCAUCGCGGAAAUGGGCGAUAUUUCCCACCAUUGGAAUCUAGACUUUCUUCGCAAUGACCCUCUCGACACUGCACCGAAACGUGUGCUGAUUAUCCUGAAUCAACCUUUUUCUUGUUCUCUCUUGCAACGUCUCUGGAAUUCUACAUGUUGGCACUGUUGCGCCGAUGGCGGAGCUAAUCGACUAUUGGACACUUUACGCCAGCAAAAUCAUAAUACAGCGUUCUACCUCCCGGACCUGAUCAGGGGCGACCUUGACUCUUUGCGGCCGGAUGUACGAGAAUACUACGACUCCAAAGGCGUUUUGGUGGAGAAGGAUGACGACCAAGACUCUACAGAUCUAAUGAAGUGUAUUUCUGCGAUAAUAGAGAAAGAAAAAACCGAAGGAACGAGUCAAUACGAAAUUAUUCUUCUUGGAGGACUGGCUGGACGCCUUGAUCAAACUAUUCACACUCUGUCCUAUCUUCAUAAAUUACGGAAGGUCAGAGAUCGGGUAUAUGCCGUCACGGAUGACAAUGUAUGUUGGGUCCUCGAUAGUGGAGAACAUAUCAUAGAAAUAGACCAUACGAUCCUCGGCGUUACCUGUGGACUUUUACCUGUCGGAAUCGAAAGCACGAUCUUAUCAACAUCGGGUCUUCGCUGGAAUUUGACGAAUCAUACUUCAUCUUUCGACGGACUUGUCUCCACGUCUAAUCAUUUGGUUCCAGGAGUGGAUGUUUGGGUAAAAACUUCGAAGCCGAUACUGUGGACUAUAGAGCUUCGAGAGCAGUUCAGAUAAUUUUCUACUAUCUCUACUACUAGAUGAAUUUCGAUGAUGCACCGCAGACUGAUUUAUGUAUCCCAAAGCUAUCCAAAGUCAUGUACCCGCUUGCGCCCUUCCUCUAGGAUAACAGCGCAGGUCUCACGGUAAAUUGUUCAAAUCUAUCAGGACAAGAACGAAAACUACUGUCCAUGCGCUGAAUGCUUGAUUCCAUCCUUGGGCGCUGUUCCCGUUUUGAACGUUCGGCCGAUAGGCU